CUCGGGAUACGUUUUCAGCUGCAGCCCUGCGAAAGGAGUCACAUUCCAUCUCCCUUCUCUUCUCAACCUGUAUUGUCUAUCAUUUCGUUGUUGAUAUUUUAUAUCACCAGCAAUGGUGAGCACAUGUUUUACCAGUCCGGGGCAAAGGCCGUUUUGCACCGAAGUUCUUGAAGGACCCAUCGACAUUUCGACAUCAAAUAAUGCAUUCGAAAUCUCAACUACUUCGAUGCAUGUGGUUGGCGGCACACCUACACCUUCCUUCGGAGACAACCCUGGGCCGGAAGCCCCAGUCACUUCGCAGUUUGGAAUAGAAACGAUCAAUCCAGGCACCACCGCUGUCUUCACGAUCUCAAGUGCCACCGAUUCUGCUGUGCUGGCCUCACAGACCGGAGCCGGAAAUUCAGUACCAGCUGCUACGGUCUCUCGUAAAUCCAACGGCGUUUCCAAGGGUGCUGUGGCUGGUAUUGCAAUCGGAACAGCCAUUGUCGGUGCUGCAAUAGCGUUUCUGGUAGCGUUUUUAUUGUUCAAACGUCGAAAUCGGUCUCGACAACAUUCAGGAUAUGACGCGCAUCCGGAGCUUGUCUCUCUUGCUAAGGCAGGCCCGGACUCCCAUGUUCAAGAGAUGUCUCAGGCCCCGCUACCACACGGUGCUGCAGCUGCAGCAGUAGGAAUAUCAAAGCGCGACACCGAUUUGACAGACUUGUCUCAUUCUUCUGACUUUUCGGCUGGUGUGCUCCCGCAAGCCGCAGAUGAUCGGACUGUGAAGGAGAAGGCUUCGUUAUUGUUUGACCAGGUCCAGUUGCACGUUGAGAACUUCUACCGGGAUGUACAUGCGUCUAUUACGCCGAGUAUGGAGAGCGGGUUAAGUAGAUUUGGAACGGGCACAGAAAAUACGGCGGAGAUGUUGCAGGAUUCUUCGAGACCAACUGUUGUCAUCAAGCAUGCACUAAUGGCGUAUGUUCUGAGCAUCACAUCACCUUUUGGAGGUAGCGAUACGGCUUUGUUUCCAAGAGAUGUUGCUGGUAUACAGGGAGGAGAGCAAUUCAAGAGAACUCCAGACCUCUCAGCAGCAUACAUCCUCUACAAACGGUUAGCCACCCACCUCCACACCGCCUCCCCUCCAAAUCCAUCUCGUCAAUCAGAUAUCCGAGAAGCUGCGGAACAUUUCUCGCUUACUUUCUUCCCUUGGGUGAAUCCUCGAUACGGUGAUCAGGAGAAGGAUGAACAUCUCGUACAGGUCAUCAGCAAUGCACUUGAUUUGAACAUAUGGUUGUAUGGACAGCCAUUUAUAUACCAAUUCCUUUGGGAAGGUGUUGGUCAUAGAGGGGUUGUGGUUGCGCCAGGUUUGACAAAGGAGUCCGAUGCGAAAGGGGUUGUUGGACGGCCGCAGAUGUUGCUUGAGCCUGUUGUUGUGCCGACUUAGUGCGUGAUGAUACUGCGAUAUGUAUGCAUGUCUCGGGCUGGGUAGUUAUAAAUACGAUAAUAUGAUAGCGCUUGCAUCUGAGG